UUGUGCUUAUCUGACGCUAAACUAAAACAAAACCUUGUCAGGAUUGUUAUUUUAUAUUUUUUCCGUGCUUCUUGUGAUUGUGUUGUGACUUAAUUAGUUGAAUGAAUGAAGAUGGAGCAAUCAACGAUGCAGAACAUAUCCUUUCAGCCAAAAACUAUGGCGGAGUUGCUUCCAGAUCUUGCCCUGAACGGCAUAAUAUCUAAAGAAGCAAUACUGACGCUUACUGGUAAAAAGAAGCCUCGAAACACUAUGACAAUUAACCGAACAGCUGAGAAGGCCGUGAAGCCACUAACUAUGGCUGAAAUGAGAGCUGAAUUACAAGCUUUCAAAGGCCGCACCCCUUGCAAGGCUCAACCGGCGACAUCAACAAAGAAGAAAGGCUGGAACUCUUCAGUGAAAGUGGAGAAGAAAGUAAACCACACGGCAGAUGGGAAGCUGCGCAAUAAUGUGGUCAGAAAGGUUCUCAAUUUCCAACCACCUAAACCUGUAGCUCCACUUCAGAACAAAACAAUAUCAAAUGCCCGUGUGUCAAUGAUGCCACCUGCUCGCUCAAGAAUGACUUUAACAGCAGCUGUAGCCAAUGCCAGGAUGACUCUCAUGCCUCCUGAGACUCCAAAGUUUCCCAAACCAGAACACAGAGCAAAGAAGUCACUGUAUGUUCAAGCUAAAACGAAUGUACGGAUCAGCGGCAUAUGCAAAAUUCCAGAAACACCAAUAGAAACUAAACUAGAUAAAACUAAAGUAACUAUUGCCAACAAAGAAAACAGCUCAUACCAAGCUAAUAUAAACAGAAAAUCCAUCGCUCCCGCGCUCAUAAACCACAAGAGGCUGGCCCCACCCCCCAAAGCUGACACACCUUUAUCAAAUGACUCCUGGAAAUCUGGCAGCGAUGCCAGUUUCAUACAAAAAGAAAAGGAAAUCCAUGAAACUGAGGCUAUGACAGAUGCAAUAUUAGACGCCCAACACACUCUUGAGAACAUAGCCGAGGUCUCACCACCCAUCGCAACACCAUUCAGGGACUACAGAAACAAUGUAGAAUGCCACAACAACUCCAGUGUUAUGGACAAUUCUAAUACUGAAAAUGACACUAUCAUGUGCUUUGAUAACCCUACUAUGUUAGAAAGAGUCAAUAAUCAAGAUGAAAGACUAAAAGAAAGUGAAAAAGUUGACAGAGAAGAAAGUGUGAUUGUGUCAUUAUGUGACAUGCUGAAUAAAGCUACUGUCACUAACUCUGAGAGCACAUCUAAGCUGGAUGAGCUACUUGAAGUUGAAAGGCAGACUGAGCACAACAUUAAAAUGAUAGAAAAUGGUAUUCAAACUCUUAAAAAUAUCAAAGAAGCGCAAUAUAAAGCACUAUCUCAAGUGAGGAAGCUGAUAAGAGAGAAAAGAAGCAGUAGAAAAGUGUCAGACAGUGAAAAAGAUACCACUUUAGUUAGUAAAAAUGCUGAACCCCAAAGUCCUAAAAGUCCAGUGCUCGGUCACCCUUGUUCAGUUAUCAGAUUAAGCCCAAAAUCCCCUUCUUAUAAAAUACCUAAAAGAACGCCAUGUUUGAGGAAAAAAGUGUUUUAUAAAUCAAUGCCUAAUGUAGUGUCAGACAUGAGCACUCCAGUGAAGUUAGAAGGCGGGACGGCUUUAAACAUGUAUAUGAAGAUGAAAGAGCAGUUGCAUUUCUUGAACACUCCGCUGGUGAAGUCGCGGCCGGCACUGGUGCCCGACACGCCGGCUAUCACCUCGCAAAAUCUUCAGAUGCAACUAAAUAGAUUAUACAACAAAAGCUAGUAGUAGUUAUACUAUAGAAUAUAGAUUAUGAUAUGGGUUUAAUCGAUCAAAUUUAAAAAGACCUUAAUUUUAAGGGAUAUUUCCAGUAGCCCCACUACAUGUAAUCAUAGGAUUGCUGUUGGGUAAAUAGAUGGAAGCUCCUUUGGUAUUACUGGAAACGUAAUUCUUACUGGAUUCUUACAAAACACUUUGAUGGUCAAGAAUUGUAGGGAGAAAUUAAAAAUAUUUGACAUUGAAUGGU